AUGAAAGUGAGGGAUGUGGUAAUCCCACAAACCACCAAUGUUACCUCAAGUAUUCAGAAACCUGCUCCUGGUGGGAUGUUUGAAUUGAAGCAGAACAUGGUGCAACUACUGCACACAAAUGGUGACAUCUUUGUCGGCACAGAUCGCAGCAAUGCAGAAUAUGAAAUGUCACUAGGAAAACAACAAGCCCAAAUUAAUAUGAAUUUGGAGAAGCAGUUUGGGCAGUUUGCUAGUGCCCAAAAUUCCCGACCACAAGGGGAUUUGCCGGGAAAUACCGACCCGAAUUCGAAGCAGGUAAAUGUUGUGAGUACUCGGAGUGGUCGUCCAUUGGAGGAAUUGCCGCCAAAGGCAAAAGUUGCUGAAGAAAAAGGAACACAUGUAGAUGAAGCAGAACCAAGUGAACAAAGGGUGAAUGAGGAACCAAAAGCAAAACCACCUCCUCCAUUCCCACAGAAAUUCAAAAAACAAAAGGAGGAGGAAUGUUUUGGUAAAUUUAUUAAAUUACUCAAACAGGUACAUGUUAACUUGCUAGAUGUGUUGCAGGGCAUUCCUAAGUAUGCCAAAUAUGUGAAAGAUGUGGUAGCCAACAAGAGUAGAUUGGCUGAGUAUGCAACAAUAGCACUUACAAAGGAGUGUAGUUCCAGGAUCCAGAACAAGCUCCCAAUUAAGUUGAAAGAUCCAGGGAGUUUCAAUGUUCAAAUAACAAUUGGAAGGCCCAAGUCCACAAUCAUUAUGUUGCAGUUAGCGUACCGUUCGGUGGCAAUGCCAGAUGGCGUUAUUGAAGAUGUCUUGGUUCAAGUGGAAACUCUGAUUUUCCCCGUGGACUUUGUCAUUUUGGAUUUUGAGCCUGACCCAGAGGUCCCAUUUAUUUUGGGAUACCCAUUCCUAGCAACCGAAGUCAUUGAUGAGGCUAUGACAUCUAAAUAUGUUGAAGCCCAAGACCCUUCAGAGAAAGUGCUAAUUGGGCAAGACAUUGAGGGAGAUGUUGAAGCCCAGGAGUUGGCUAACGUCCUAAAUGUCCCAAAUGUGGAGCCGAUAAAUAGAGUCCUGGGACCACCUCCCAAGCCUUCGAUUGAGGAAGCACCAGAGUUGGAGUUAAAGGCUCUCCCUUCUCAUCUUAGGUAUGCAUUCUUAGGUGCUAAUGAAUCUUUACAUGUAAUCUUUUCUUCUGCUUUGUCCGAAUUGCAGAUUGAGGCAUCUCUGAAAAUAUUGAGGAAGAGGAAAAGGGCGAUAUGA